GGAGCGCAGAGCACUCAGCGUCCAGCAGCGCGGCGGGGCAGCCUGGAGCGGAAGCCUGGAGUGGAGCAGGCAGUCCGCGGGGGACAGACGUCGGCUGGGAUUGAGCCGGCAGACUGCGAAAAGUAGCUGGAGCCGGAGCAGGGACAGAACCUGUUGCUGCAGACGGGCUUGGUGGAUUCUGGUUCCUGCCGCCGACAGGGCUCGCCGGGAGAGGUUCAUCAUGAAUGAGAAAUGGGACACAAACUCUUCAGAAAACUGGCAUCCCAUCUGGAAUGUCAAUGACACAAAGCAUCAUCUGUACUCAGAUAUUAAUAUUACCUAUGUGAACUACUAUCUUCACCAGCCUCAAGUGGCAGCAAUCUUCAUUAUUUCCUACUUUCUGAUCUUCUUUUUGUGCAUGAUGGGAAAUACUGUGGUUUGCUUUAUUGUAAUGAGGAACAAACAUAUGCACACAGUCACUAAUCUCUUCAUCUUAAACCUGGCCAUAAGUGAUUUACUAGUUGGCAUAUUCUGCAUGCCUAUAACACUGCUGGACAAUAUUAUAGCAGGAUGGCCAUUUGGAAACAUGAUGUGCAAGAUCAGUGGAUUGGUCCAGGGAAUAUCUGUCGCAGCUUCAGUCUUUACGUUGGUUGCAAUUGCUGUAGAUAGGUUCCGGUGUGUGGUCUACCCUUUUAAACCAAAGCUCACUAUCAAGACAGCGUUUGUCAUUAUUAUGAUCAUCUGGGUCCUAGCCAUCACCAUUAUGUCUCCAUCUGCAGUAAUGUUACAUGUGCAAGAAGAAAAAUAUUACCGAGUGAGACUCAACUCCCAGAAUAAAACCAGUCCAGUCUACUGGUGCCGGGAAGACUGGCCAAAUCAGGAAAUGAGGAAGAUCUACACCACUGUGCUGUUUGCCAACAUCUACCUGGCUCCCCUCUCCCUCAUUGUCAUCAUGUAUGGAAGGAUUGGAAUUUCACUCUUCAGGGCUGCAGUUCCUCACACAGGCAGGCAGAACCAGGAGCAGUGGCACGUGGUGUCCAGGAAGAAGCAGAAGGUCAUUAAGAUGCUCCUGAUUGUGGCCCUGCUUUUUAUUCUCUCAUGGCUGCCCCUGUGGACUCUAAUGAUGCUCUCAGACUACGCUGACCUUUCUCCAAAUGAACUGCAGAUCAUCAACAUCUACAUCUACCCUUUCGCACACUGGCUGGCAUUCGGCAACAGCAGUGUCAAUCCCAUCAUUUAUGGUUUCUUCAACGAGAAUUUCCGCCGUGGUUUCCAAGAAGCCUUCCAGCUCCACCUCUGCCAAAAAAGAGCAAGGCCUAUGGAAGCUUAUGCCCUAAAAGCUAAAAGCCAUGUGCUCAUAAACACAUCUAAUCAGCUUGUCCAGGAAUCUACAUUUCAAAACCCUCAUGGGGAAAACUUGCUUUAUAGGAAAAGUGCUGAAAAACCCCAACAGGAAUUAGUGAUGGAAGAAUUAAAAGAAACUACUAACAGCAGUGAGAUUUAAAAAGAGCUAGUGUGAUAAUCCUAACUCUACUAUGCAUUAUAUAUUUAAAUCCAUUGCUUUUUGUGGCUUUGCACUUCAAAUUUUUCAAAGAAUGUUCUAAAUAAAACAUUUACUGAAAGCCCUCUCUGGCAAAAAAAUAAAAAUAAACAAAAAUGGUCAUAAGAUCAUAAACAAUCUUAUGUUGUAUAAAAAUAUGUAGAGUGACUUAGACAUGUUUGCAUGAAUAAAUAUAUUUCUAGAGAACAGUUUACAAAGUUUCAUCUUUCCCAACUUAACCAUUUGUGUAUGCGUCAAAUCAAGCCUGCACGCGUGUGUGCAUGUGUGUGUGUAUUUUCCCCAAAUGGUGAUGAUGAGCAGUGCUUUGCAUGAAACUAGAUUUUAUCAAUUUCUCCUUUGAUUUUGGAUUUAAAAUUUUAGAUUACAAGACUAUUACUCUGCUUAUGUUUAUAAACUGUACUUGGUUUUCUAAGAAAUACAUUCGAUCACAUGAAA